AGACACACAUUUGUGGACGCACACCGAGGGGAGGCUGCCGUGACUGGGGAGGGACCAGACGACGGCGGGCCCUGGCUAUAAAACCUUGCCAUGACGAGGCCAACGUCCUGCCCGGAGCUGGACAGUACCCAUUUUCUCUGUGGCUGCAGGACCCCGUCACGACAGGCAGCAGACCAACGUCCAACAUGAACGACAUCUAUAAGGCAGCGGUUGAGCAGCUGACAGAUGAACAGAAAAAUGAGUUCAAGGCCGCCUUUGAUAUUUUUGUUCAAGAUGCAGAAGAUGGCUGCAUUAGCACCAAAGAGCUAGGGAAGGUGAUGAGGAUGCUGGGCCAGAACCCCACACCCGAGGAGCUGCAGGAAAUGAUUGAUGAGGUGGAUGAAGAUGGGAGUGGCACUGUGGAUUUUGACGAAUUCCUGGUCAUGAUGGUGAGGUGCAUGAAGGAUGACAGCAAAGGGAAGUCAGAGGAGGAACUGGCAGAGUUGUUUCGCAUGUUUGACAAAAACGCAGAUGGUUAUAUCGACCUGGACGAGUUGAAAAUGAUGCUAGAAUCAACAGGAGAAGCAAUUACUGAGGAUGACAUCGAGGAACUGAUGAAAGACGGGGACAAGAACAACGAUGGCAAAAUUGAUUACGACGAGUUCUUGGAGUUCAUGAAAGGAGUGGAGUAAUUCAAUACUCAAGAACAUUAUUUUUGUAUUCCUUUGUCACAUCUGGAAAACUGGAAGCUGACUUGGGAUGGAUCUUUGGAACGACUUUGCAAGAUUUACAGCAUCUGGCUGUUUCUGUUAUAUUUUUCUUACCACCUCCUCUUGCAUCGUUGUAAAUACAGUUUGUAACUAUUUUUGUGCCCAAUUUGUGUAAAUUACGUAUUACAUUUUCUUUUUUUUUAAUGUCUGAAGUUCAGUUUACAGGUGUUUUCACAGAGCGGUUGAUGUUUUAUAGCUGUGUGGACAAAGCAGAAUCCCUCUCAGUCAUCGCAGCAACUUUAAGACCAGCCGCCAGGUUCAGCAUAUGUUGUGACGCGCAUUGCAAAUAUUUUUUCGUAUGCUUGAGAUACCCUCAGGACUUUUUGUCUUCCUCUCAUCACCUUGGGAAGCAUGCAUUUUACCAUGUGCUUGCAAAGUGAGGUCAAGAAAUAAACAAGAUGCAUUUGGGAAAGCAGUUAUUCAUUUUGAGCCAUUCUUUUUUUAUUUCUUUAUAAAUGAUCACUCCCAAAAAUCCUGCAAAGUUAAUUUUCUAGCCUGAUGUGCGUUGCCAACUCUUUGCUAAGAAUGCAUGGUCAGUCUAUGUCAAGAGUGGCUCUCAAUUUCAUAGCCACUUGUCCUCUGUUAAUACUCGUCUGCGGCAUGCAAGCGAUCCACAUGGUCGCAGUAUCACUCCCUAGUUGCGCACUCUAUUGAGACAGGAGCUAUUUAUGUCUAAUCAUGUUAGUGCCCAUGUUAGGGGAUCUGGAGUGACUGUCUUAGUGUUGACAAUCCCAUGCCUUUGUCCUUAUAAAGAACUCGAAAAGUGUUGCAGGCUUUAGCGCGCUGUCCCCAUGAA